AUGGCCAAGGGGGCGGCCGGCGGGGACGGCGGCCUGGGCCUGGAGCUGGACCAGGAGAAGUACGACGCCGCCGAGAACGUCAAGAUCAUCUGCCUGGGCGACAGCGCCGUGGGCAAGUCCAAAUUGAUGGAGCGGUUUCUCCUGGACGGCUUCCAGCCCCAGCAGCUCUCAACCUUUGCUCUGACGCUCUACAAGCACACGGCCACCGUGAAUGGCAAAAAAAUACUCGUAGAUUUCUGGGACACGGCUGGGCAGGAGCGUUUCCACAGCAUGCACGCCUCUUACUACUACAAGGCCCACGCUUGCAUCAUGGUCUUUGAUAUUCAGAGGAAGAUCACCUACAAGAACCUGAGCAGUUGGUACAAGGAGCUGCGUGAGUUCCGCCCCCAGAUCCCCUGCAUCGUGGUUGCAAACAAGAUUGAUGCUGACAUGAAGAUGACUCAGAAGAGCUUCAGCUUCGCACGCAAGUUCAACCUGCCUUUCUAUUUUGUGUCUGCUGCAGACGGCACCAACGUGGUGAAGGUCUUCAAUGAAGCCAUCCAGUUGGCUGUUGACUACAAACAGAAUUCAAGCGACUUUAUGGAUGAAGUCCUAGAGGAACUGGAAAAUUUUGAGCUGGAGAAGAAAGGGGGAGAUUCAUCUGACAAAGAGGAAGUUGACCCAGAAGAAAAGCCCCCGUCAACCUGAGUCCUGGGA